AUGGCAAGCCUCGACAUAAUCAACAAAGAAGCCAUCAAGCCGGGCGAGGAGAUCUCCUGGAAUAAUGAGUUGAAAAACGGCAUGUUGCACACCACAAACAUCCUCGAUGAAGCAAUAUCAGACGACGGCAGUCGCAUCGUGGCGAUUUGCAACUAUGUCGAAACCUGUGGCUCCCAAUGCCCCGUCCUGUCUGCGAAUCCACCCAAUCUGGAAUCUGGGGAGCCCAAUCCGACCAUCGACUAUGGUAGCGUAUCCCGAUUUGUCAAAUCCAAUAAGGGGAGACUUUCUCAGGGGACCAUGGCCGCAUUUGAGGAACUGGCACUCCAUCGCCGUUCAUAUUUCGAGGCUUUUAAUAUCUUCUUCAAAUCGGACAUUGUGCUGCGUGACCUCUAUGCAGAGCGGUGUCAGCUGCAUAUGAAAUGGCAGGAUAUCAAGAUGCAUCCGGAUAGGUUUCCCGUUGGGGAUCAACAGGAUGUUUGCAAUCGAGUCGACAUCAAUACACGCAAUUGCAUCGGGGAGAAAGCGAAACGCAUUGCUUAUAUUCAGGAGCUUGCAACAUGUACUGUCCAGCUUGUGAAAGUUAAGUGUAGAGCCAUCUCAAUUGUCCAAAAUGUCCAUGAUGAGAAAACAGAACUGCAAGGUCAGAAGCAGAAGUUGUCCAAGCAUUGA